ACAUCAUACCUAAAUAUUUAGAACUCAACAAGAAUGCAAGCACUCUGUAGCCAAGUCCAUGAGAUGCAGCCAAAGCUGUUCUCAAAGGGAAAUUUGUAGCCUCCAAAUGCAUUUAAUAGGAAAUGAGGAGGAAUGGAAACAAUAGUAUGGAUGUCAGAUUCAGAUGAAGAGAAAAAGGGGCAGAAAGAGCCCUCAGAGAUCUGAGUUCAGCUUCAUAGAUGGGGAAACUGAGGCCAAGAAAAGUUAAGUCACUUGCCAAAGGUUACAGAGCAAAGCUGUUUAUGACAGAGCUGGAAUUCAGAACCAGGUUUGGUUCCUCCCAAGCCACUGUCCAAGGACCAUAGAGACUUUUGGCUUUACUCACUAUUGAAUUGUAUUUUUUAAAUGACUUCAUUUUUAAAAAGCAAUAUCAACAUACCACGAAGUCAAGACAAGAGUUUUUUUGUUCUUUUCAGUGAGCUUUCUGGUUGCUCAAGUUUAUGGUAAAUAACUCCUCUUGCUAAGAGCUGUCGCUGUCUCCAGGAAUGGUGCCUUGCAAAGCUUGAUCCUUGAACUCUGGGUUGGGGGAAGUGAGGAUGCAACUAGAGAGACUCUUGGAUGUCCCCCCAAAAUCAGGAAACAAGGAAAGAAAAACCUGGGUUUUAGAAGCAGGGUCAAAAAGAGGUUGAACAGGAAACAAUUUCCAGGAAGCAAUUUUGUAAUCCUGACCCCUCCCCUUUCCCCGCCUGGCUUAGCCUCAGCCCCUGUCAGGAACUGAUGGGGGUGGGGACUUUCCCGGGGUUGGUUCCCCGGCCCCCAGUCCAGGCAGGUAUAAGGCCACCUCCCCAGGCCAGGACAACCCAGAAGCAAAAGAGAAGAGCUACCAUGGCCUCUUGGAGCAGACGGCGACCCGAAAGCCCAGGGGGCUUUCAACCCCAUCUUUCUAGAACCCUGUUCCUGCUGCUGCUAUUGGCGGCCUCAGCCUGCGGGGUCACCCUGAGCCCCAAAGACUGCCAGGUGUUCCGCUCAGACCAUGGCAGCUCCAUCUCCUGCCAACCACCUGCCAAAAUCCCCAGCUACCUGCCAGCCGACACUGUGCACCUGGCCGUGGAGUUCUUCAACCUGACCCUCCUGCCAGCCACCCUCCUCCAGGGCGCCUCUAAGCUCCAAGAAUUGCACCUCUCCAGCAACAGGCUGGAAAGCCUCUCACCCGAAUUCCUGCGGCCAGUGCCGCAGCUGAGGGUGCUGGAUCUAACUCGAAACUCCCUGACCGGGCUGCCCCCAGGCCUCUUCCAGGCCUCAGCCACCCUGGACACCCUGGUGUUGAAAGAAAACCAGCUGGAGGUCCUGGAGGCCUCGUGGCUGCACGGCCUGAAAGCCCUGAGGCAUCUGGACCUGUCUGGGAACUGCCUCCGGAAACUGCCCCCUGGGCUGCUGGCCAACUUCACCCUCCUGCGCAUCCUUGACCUUGCGGAGAACCAGUUGGAGACCUUGCCCCCUGACCUUCUGCAGGGUCCGCUGCAAUUAGAACGGCUACAUCUAGAAGGCAACAAAUUGCAAGAACUGGGAAAGGAUCUCCUCGUGCCGCAGCCAGACCUGCGCUACCUUUUCCUGAACGGCAACAAGCUGGUCAGGGUGGCAGCCGGUGCCUUCCAGGGCCUGCGGCAGCUGGACAUGCUGGACCUCUCCAAUAACUCGCUGGCCAGUGUGCCCGAGGGGCUCUGGACAUCCCUAGGGCAGCCAAACCGGGACAUGCAGGAUGGCUUUGACAUCUCCAGCAACCCCUGGAUCUGUGACCAGAACCUGAGCGACCUCUAUCGUUGGCUUCAGGCCCAAAAAGACAAGAUGUUUUCCCAGAAUGACACGCGCUGUGCUGGGCCUGAAGCCGUGAAGGGCCAGACGCUCCUGGCAGUGGCCGAGUCCCAGUGAGACCUGGGGCUGGGGUUGAGGGUGGGGGGUCUGGUAGAACACUGCAACCCACUUAGCAAAUAAUCCUGCCUUUGGCCAGGCGCGGUGGCUCACGCCUGUAAUCCCAGCACUUCGGGAGGCCAAGGCGGGCGGAUCACGAGGUCAGGAGAUCGAGACCAUUCUGGCUAACACGGUGAAACCCCAUCUCUACUAAAAAUACAAAAAAAAUUAGCCAGAUGUGGUGGCGGGCACCUGUAGUCUCAGCUACUCGGGAGGCUGAGGCAGGAGAAUGGCGUGAACCGGGGAGGCGGAGCUUGCAGCGAGCAGAGAUUGCGCCACUGCACUCUAGCCUGGGCGACGGAGCGAGAUUCCAUCUCAAAAAUAAAAAACAAAAAUAAAAAACAAAUAAUCCUGCCUUUUACAGGUGAGACUCAGGGCUGUCCAUUACGGCUGGGACCCCAUUUCACCCACGCAUGCUUCUAAAACACACGAUGGACUUUCCUUACCCGUGCCCAAGAUGUGCCCUCUCUCUGGAAUGCCAUUCCCCGUUUCCCAGAUCUCUUGAUCUCUGGGUUCUCCCAGCCCCCUUGUCCUUCCCUCCGGCUGAGCCCUGGCCACACUGGGCCUGCCUUUCUCUGACUCUGUCUUCCCCAAGUCAGGGGGCUCUCUGAGUGCAGGGUCUGGUGCUGAGUCCCACUUAGCUUGGGGUCAGACCCAAGGGGUUUAAUAAAUAACUCUUGAA